CAGCACUGCUGUGGUUCAUGUUCAUAGAGAGUUUAUGCUUCAUUAUUCUAUUCAUUUAUUUUUUCCCAAAAUUUUAUAUUUUCUCCGUUUUUCUUCAAUAUAGUAAAGGAAAAGGAUUUAACAAUUAAUGUAACAUUUACUUUUUGUCUAAAACAAGGUACUACAAAAGUUAGAAGAAAUAUAAUUCGCCGGAAUUGAAAUGGAAGGUGAUGGAGCAGACUCUUCGAAUACUAAAUCCUUUUCAGGAAUACCAGAGGCUAUUUUUGUAGAUAAUGUUGAUGAAUUUAUGAAUCAACCAGAAAACUCCAGUGGGGUUGACAAAGUACUCAGAAAACUUGAUGAGCAACAUGGGAAAUACAAGUACAUGGAGCUAUCUUUAGCGACAAAGAGACGCCGUCUGCGGCAACAAAUACCAGACUUAGCUAGGUCCUUAGAAAUGAUUGAAAAAUUAAAGACACAAAAGGACGAAACUGAAACAAAGUUUCUAUUGAGUGACCAAGUUUUUGUUAAGGCUAAUAUAAAACCGACAAACACGGUGUACCUUUGGCUUGGAGCCAACGUUAUGUUGGAGUACAGUUUAGAAGAUGCAGAAAAACUUUUGACAUCAAAUAUGGCAACAGCAAAGAAAAACUUGGAAUGUGUUGAACAUGACUUGGAUUUCUUAAGAGAUCAAUGCACAACAACUGAAGUCAACAUGGCUCGUGUAUAUAAUUGGGAUGUUAAAAAACGCCAGGCUGCCAAAGCAUCUAGUUAAUUACGUACUAAAAUAUGUCUUUACAAAGGCGCCUCACUAACUGCUACCUUUAUCAAGGCGUGGUUGUAUGAGUAGAAAAUAGUCUUAGCUUGGUUAAGACAAAACAUAAACAACUGUGUCUUUAUUACUUUUACAGAAAAUUAUUGUUCAACCGUCAUACAAGAUCUUAUAUUCUUGCAGUGAAGUGCAAAAUUAAUUUAAGUUUGUAAUAAUUAUUCAUCAAGCGCUUUUUAGAAAGAUGUGAACUUGCUUUUCUUUAAAACUUUAACUUAAAGGAAGCUGAAUGUAUUAUUGUUUGAACAUGCUUCCUAUAAAAUGCCUUCGAACAAAAUUGAUUAUACAUGUUAUACAAAUAGUCACGGCAAUAUCCUUUAUGGAGUAAAGAAAACCAACAGAUUUUUUUUUUAUCAAUCAUAGUUGAUUUUGAUAAAUAGAAUAAGUUUUACUAAGUAUUUUGUUUGAAAAUAUAACAUUGGCACUCAAGUUUGCUGGUCAAUGGCAGUAGGUAAUGAACUCAAUAAUAAUCAUUUUAUUUUAACAAUGUUCUGAAAAAUGUUAUUAUAGUACAUCAAUGUAUUAUAUUUUUAUACUAGUCAUUUAACUGAUUAUGUAUAUGAGUCGUACUUCAUUCAUUUUCAUCUCAAAAAUGUCUUCAAAGACAUGGGUUGCGUAAAACCUUAUUUAGGUAACUAGUGUAACUAUUGCUAUCAAAACGUUUUAUAAGUUACUAAAUAAAUGAAAAAACUGCCAUGACCAAUGUUAUGACUGAACUGUAUUCGUUUCGUUGUCUUUUUAAGCCAUUUUAGAUGGCACGCUUGAAGAAAACGGAUGUUACAAUUUGUAUAUUAAUACAUUUUAUUGCUUACGUUAACAAUAAAUACUCUGCUAUUAUUC